CAUGUUGAAUCAAGCAAAAUCAGAAGUACAGUCUCUCCAGGGUCACUUAAAUUUAUUCUCUUGGUGCUUGAGGUUAUUAAGGCUUUUCCCCCUUUGAUGAAGCAACUCUAAGGGAGGCUGGUUCGGUGCAUUGAGUGGGAAAAUGACUUUGAGCUCUGAUUUGUUUGAUCAUGAGAGUCUGGGUUUUUCGAAUAGGUGUGUAUGCCUAUUGGCGGUAGAGAGAAGCAGACACGUGCCUCUUUGGGUUUGAGGCAUGACUGGAUGACGUAGAGACCGGGGAAUGAUGGUCUGGUUAAUUUUGGAUCCGCGAAGUUUCUCGCGCGCUUGAUCAAGAGUUUAAUCUGAUGGCGAAGCUGAAACGAACCAGACCUCGUGGCGAAGGGAAGGGACAUCUAUGGCUUGAAGGGGUUGCUUUCAGAGUGACUGCUUUCAUAGUGUGGCUGUUGCUCUCGGCAGGGUCUGUGGAGAAUGUAGAUUUUGCACAGAAAACUCGCCCGCCUCACGGACCGGGAGUGAAAGCAGAAUUCAGCUUUGAUACCCCCUUUCAACCUGGCCAGCACUAGCAGUUGUUAACCAAGAAGGCUACACCAGUCAAGAGGUGUAUUGUUGGUAUAUCCGAAGAUGGCGAUUCGAGGCAGUCAGCUUUUGGAUAUGUGGAGAUGGGACACCGAGCCUGAGGAUACUGAGCAGAAGGAACUAGUGGAGGAGGUGGAGGAAGAAGAGAUCGAGGCAAAGAAAGAUGAAGAUGAAGAACCGAAAUUGAAAGUCACGGUUGACGAUGUAAAGACGGCACCCAUGGACUACCGUUUCCCCACCACCAAUCAAGCAAAGCACUGUUACACUCGUUACAACGAAUAUCACAAAUGUAUUGCUGAGAAGGGAGAGGAUGCAAGUGAAUGCACGAAGUACGCUAAAUACUACCGAUCUCUGUGCCCUGGCGAAUGGGUUGAGAAGUGGAAUGAGCAAAGAGAAGCGGGAACGUAUGCUGGACGUUACUAGGGGAAGAGGCAAUGCGGUAUUGCAGCAGGGCAAGUAGUCUGUUGCAUAGGUGUCUCGUCGUCCUUAACACCUGCCAAUUGAGAGUUUGUGCACCAGUUUUCCAUACCAGGAGCAGGGCAGCAAAAUGCUGUCCUAAGUGUAAAGAUCAAAAUAUUUUUUCCAGAGACUCGAUGGUAAAAGAUUGCCAUGUCACUGAAGACUGUCAGACAUCAAAGCUUUGAAUGUGAAGCUUUUGGGUGGCAUAGUAUAUAAUGCUGGCUGACAUCUUCGUUGAGAAAAGCUUACAAACGUUCUGAGGAAGGAGAAGCUGUCACGGUAUGUCCAAGCUCGUGUCAUGUUGUUGUUGGUCUGUGUUGUUAUAAUUUAUCAGUAGAGCUUCUUCAAGUCGUCUCUAUUGUAGUUUUGUCAGGGCUCAGAUGUCCUCUCGCAGUGUAGGGGAGUCUUUCUCAAUUUUUGAUUCAACCUGGUGUAAUACCAUAUUGCCGGUCAGAAUGGAGGACAUCACUUUUAGCCUUAAACAUACGGCCGUCCAAUUGAAUAAUAUAGCAUUAUUUAAUGCUCGUUGAGAUAAGCGAAGCGAAAACUCAAUUUUUUUUUUUUUUCUUCAUGACUGGUCGAGGAAUUGCUUCUUACUGCAAUCGGCACUCAUCCGGCCAGCAGUAUGUGAGGGCGAAGAGUAUCAUCUUACUGUUUCAAUGGGGUGAUAGAGUCUAGUCCUUCGAAUUGUCAAGCAAGUACCGUUAUGUAAGUAGG